UGUAUUAAUGCAUCGAGUGCGUACAAAGUACAAUUUGUACAAGCAUCACCAGACGGCCGUCGCGGAUUACGUCACAGCCAGAAUCCACCAUUUCUCCUCUGCAAAUUCAAUCAAUAACAAAGCAGCAGUUUCGGUUUUUGACAAUUCCAGCCUCCUCAGCCGCCUCUUACUGUAAAUUCAGGUGCUUUUUUAUUUCUUUUUCUUUUUUUCUGUUCAGCUGAGCUGCUUAUAGAUUCAGAGUACUGGUUUGUGUAGAGAAUUUUAGAUGUUGGGUUUUGAAGUUUGACUGGAUUUUUGUACAAGUUUCUGGGUUUUGUGAAUUGGGUUUCAAGCAAUUCGUGAAAGUUCGGAACUUUUGGUGGUUUUAGGUGUUCGGAUUGGUUUUGGAGGUACUUUUUCAGCUGGGUUUUCUGUGGAGCUUCUGAAUGUUGGGGUUUUGAGUUGACUGGAUUUUCAUAUGAGUUUGUGGUUUUGUGAAUUGGGUUUCAAGUAAUUUAGUAAAAGAUUGGAAUUUUGGUGCUUUGAGGUGUUGGGAUUGGUUUUUGGGAUACUUUUACCAGCUGGGUUUUAGAUAGUUUUCCUAUUUCCAGUUGUGAAUUGGCUAUUGAAGGCUUCGGUUGAAUUCGUGGGCACGUCAAGAAAUCGAAUUCUCUAGUGGGGAACUAUGUGAAGAUAUGUAACUCAAUUUUCAUCCGUUUCGUUUGAUGAGGAUUUCAACCACUGUGUAACGAAUCGAGGUUCGAAUUGCUCAUUUCAGUGGCUGUUACAUAAGAAUCUUGCUGGUUUGGAGCAAUUUGAGGUCCUAAUUAUCGGUAACAGUACUGGCAGAAACGAAAAUUGUCAGUAACUUUGAUCAGCUCCUUUCUUGUUUUUGGGAUUCUCUCAUCUGUCAAUCUGGUGACCUGAGUUUUGUAUAGGCUUUGGUUGAAUUCGAAGGUGAUGGCCAGACACUAAAUUAGUGGGCUUUGGAAUUUCUAUAUAGGUUGAACUACAUAAGGUCUGUGUUUUUCGCAUACUCUGAUCUUUGGGCCUUUCUUCGCAACAACUUGACGAAGAAUAGAAUAAAGUGAGAUGUUCCAUCAUUCUGUCAGUCCCAAAACGGGAGUUGAACAGAUUAUCCCCUUAAGAAUGGCCAUCGCAGUGGUAAGUCUAUUGCUGUUUGUGCAGUUGCCAGCAAUCUUUGCCUCUGAGUGUGUUAUACAGUCAAGGGGUUGUAGCGAUCACAUUGCCUAUUCAAGUUCUCAUGGUCACAAAUUGUUUUACAUAAAUGGGAAUUCAGUGGAAAAAACUUUAUUCUGCACGGCUCUUUGGACAUACUAUGCAAAUGGUUGCAUUUUGGAAGGCGACCUUGGCAUUUACCAUUGUGCAUUGGACCUUUCACGUGUUGAUUUUCCCUUGAGGACGGUGAGGAAACUUUUGCAGAAGGAGUCAAAGGAUAAAUCUACUUUUGACAACAAAGAAAAGAAAGAUUUUGCAUCUCUGUCUGCAACGACAAAAGUCGGAAUAGCAGCAAGUGGAAUGUUUCUUGCGUGUUGUGUUUUUCUUUGUCCUUGCUUCUUCAAAAAAAGGAGAGAAAGUGCUCACAAAGUUAUUGCAAAGGAGCCAAAUUCAAUGGAUUCAGUUUCUUCUCUUGAAGUGAGUUCUGGUCCUGAAAAGAUCCCAGCCAGUCUGCAUCGUGCGCCACCAAGUCCACAUCGUGUGCCACCAAGUCCACAUCGUGUGCCACCUAGUCCUCGAUUUUCAAUGUCUCCAAAACUUAGUAGACUUGGAUCAGUGCAUCUCAGUUUGAAUCAGAUUGCAAAAGCAACUCGCAACUUCUCUCAAUCACAAGAAGUUGGUGAAGGAGGUUUUGGAACUGUAUACAAAGCCCGGCUAGAUGAUGGCCAAGUGGUUUCCAUUAAACGAGCAAAGAAGGAAUACUUUGAGAAUUUACAAACUGAAUUCGGCAGUGAAGUUGAACUGCUUGCCAAAAUUGAUCAUCGAAAUCUGGUAAAGCUACUAGGUUAUGUUGAAGAAGGAAAUGAGCGCCUUAUCAUUACAGAGUAUGUGGCAAACGGUACUCUUAGAGAACAUCUGGAUUGUCAGCAUGGGAAAAUCCUAGAGUUCAACCAGCGACUUGAAAUUGCUAUCGAUGUUGCUCACGCCCUUACCUAUCUUCAUUUAUAUGCUGAAAAGCAAAUCAUCCAUCGAGACGUGAAGUCCUCCAACAUUCUUCUGACAGAAAGCAUGAGAGCCAAAGUGGCAGAUUUUGGAUUUGCAAGGCUUGGCCCAAUGGACGCAGAUCGAACACACAUUUCAACCAAAGUGAAAGGAACUGUCGGUUAUCUUGACCCUGAGUACAUGAAAACCUAUCAACUCACCCCAAAAAGUGAUGUUUACUCGUUUGGGAUCUUACUAAUAGAAAUUUUGACUGGCCGUCGUCCAGUGGAGUUGAAGAGAUCUGUUGAAGAGCGGGUGACCCUCAGAUGGGCCUUCAAGAAGUUGAAUGAAGGGCGCGUGGUGGAAAUAGUUGAUCCUUUGAUGGAGGAAAAUAUAGAUGCAGAGGUUCUGAUGAAAAUCAUCGAUUUGGCUAUCCAAUGUGCAGCCCCCGUCCGAGUUGAUCGGCCAGAGAUGAAAUGGGUGGGAGAGCAGUUGUGGACAAUAAGGGCAGACUACCUCAGAAGUGUCAAGAGAGGGCAGUAGAGAAAUCUCUCUCCAUUCUUAUUCCCUCACUGUUGUUUUCAACUUACCAUGUAAAAUUUGAUUUGGUCAGACUCACAGACACAAGUUUGCUUUUCGUUUUGGCCUUUUUCUCGACAUCUUUUUCGCCUUGAACAUACUUUGGAUGUGUAAUUCUUUGAUUACCAAAUCUAGCGUCUCUUUAUAACAAUCGAAGCAAGUUCCGACA